AUCACUCGGAAAGGCACAGUCCGCGAACAGUCCUCGUCCGACUCAGAUCAACCAGGAGGUUCGCGCUUACAGAAGCACUCAAUAGCUUUGUCCAAGUGUUGUCUAUUGCUUUGCGCAAAGUUCACCGAGUUCAACAAUGAAGGCCUUCGUGUUGGGAUCCGUUCUGCUGGUGGCUUCGGUAUGCUCCGGCUCAUACAUUCCUCACGAUACUCCUGAAGUGGCCGCUGCCAAGGCUGCUCACUUCGCUGCCCAUGCUGCCGCCGGUGUUGGUGGAUCCGGUCAUCACUGGGAUCACCAUGAAGCCCCUGUUCAGAAGUGGCACGGACCGAUCCACAUCCCAAAGAUCAUCAAGGGCGUCCCAGUCGAAACCCCAGAAGUUCAGCACGCCAAGGCCUACCACGCUGCCGCUUACGCUAAGGUCGCCGGAUACGGUCACCAUGAGGCUCACUACGAUGAACAUCAUGAUGAACACCACGGCCCAGUUCACCAUGAAGGCGGUGCCUGGCACGGACCCAUCCACAUCCCAAAGAUCCACAACGGAGUGCCAGUCGAAACCCCUGAAGUCCAGCAUGCCAAGGCUUUCCACCUGAACGCUCUGGCCAACGCCGGUGCUCAUUCCUACGGACAAGGCUCGUGGGGCGAACAAGGUCAUGGACAAGAAGAUGAUGGCUCCUACAAGCCCCAUUUGUACGAAGCUGAACAGUACUAAGCAAGCCAUGCCAAAUGCCAAAUGAGCCUCCAUUUCACGAAUGCCAAAUCUCAUAGGAACUAGCCACUUGUAAAAUACUCAUCACACCCCGUCCAUGCCUUUGCCUAGCGAAUAUUGUAAAGAAGAAGAGACAGCGCAUUUCACCGAAGCAUGUGCACGCGUCGCAACCUUCACACCGCAACUAUUGAGUGCCUCGUAGAAUUGUCACACAGGAAGAAUUCUCCCACAAGAAUCACCGGCGAAACACCAUCGAAGAAGUCGGUGACAGCCACAACAUCCACCAUAGUAGGCUACCUCAAAUUGUGGGAUUAGCUUCAAACGAACGCUUAUAUAAACGUCAGAACGAUCGAAGACAGCUUAGAUCUAAGUCUAAAUCAAUGUCAAAGAGCUAAAUUAAUUAGGAAUUUCGAUGAGAUUCGGAAAAAGAAGAAGAAGAAGGUUACGUGAGAUAACACCAUUUGCGUACAGUCGUGCACUCACUCUGUAAAUGAUUCUGUUAAAUGAACUGAAACUACCAAAUGCAAAGCAAAAGAUUUAAAGAAUCCUA